AUGACAGCGUCCAUCUGUAUGCGAUUCUCCUCCUCCUUGGUGAGGAGAUGCUUGGAGAGCCAGAUCAUUCUCUAUCAUCUUCUUUUCUCUUCCUACGCUAGCAGGAGUGUCAACAAUCUCGUCGAUCUGAUAAUCAAAGGUGUGCUGUCCCAGGCUGCCUGGCCUCCCCAAGGCUUCAUUCAUAAACCUCCAGUAGAAUACAUGGAUUGGAUCAGUCAGCUCCCCAGUAAACUCCAGGCGGAUGUGGUCCAUUUCUCCCCACCCUGCAGCAUCCUGGUACAGAAGGAAAAGUUCAUGGAGGGCCCUGGCCUGGCAUACAUGGCCUUCUCUCAAGUCAUCUCACUGUUUCCUGGUUCCUCUUUCUGGACCAUCAUCUUUUUCAUUGCCCUUGUUAUCAUGGGUCUGGCCACACUGACAACUCACCUAGAGAGUAUUAUGCCUCCUCUGCAGAAAAACAUCCCAACCAGUGUACCCCAUCCACUUCCACCCUUAGUGACUGUCUGCUUGGGAGGACUUCUGGGCAGCCUUGUCCUCUCCAGUUGUUCCGGCAGCUACGUGGUGUUCCUGUUUGAUGACCACCUGGUCCCUAUGGUCCUCGUCGUUAUUGUGGUGCUCCAGAACCUUUCUCUGGCUUUUGUCUAUGGAAUCAGUAGGUUCAGGGCUGAGAUGUUCUACCAGCUGGGCCGCCUGGUGUGGGCACCAUUCACCUUCUUGUGGACUUACGUGACCCUGCCUGCUCUGCUGGUGCUGCUUGCCAUCUACUUCCUUAAUCUCUACCACAGGAAAACCCUCUACUACAUCUCCUGGAAUGAGAGUAUGAGUCAGGAAGUGAAGCAGCCUUACCAGAAGAUAAUCCUGGGCUGGGUCACCUUCCUCAGCGUCCUGGCUCCACUGCCCAUCCCUGUGUAUCCGCUGCAGCACUGAUGGAACCAGGACGACCAGAUCAUCUGUGAGGUCUUUAAAAAGCCUUCAUCCUCCAAAAGGACAGAAAUGGGAUCCAACAAGGUCAGCCAGUGGCCUGCAUACGCGUUAAGAAGACUCACACUCAGAGGUCAGGACAAAGGUGGCCAGGUUCCACUCCCAAGAAAGAACCCCACAGAUGACAUCCCCCUUCAAUCCCUAAAGCUGUUGACAAAAAGUGAGAGUGAAAUUUUCUCCAGUUUCAGCCUUUGA